CGCGGCGGACACUUCCCGCGGAGGGACUGUCCUGUGGCAGCCGGCGGGCCCAGGAGGACGCGGAGGACCGAGCGCGGCAGCGAUGGAUGACCACAGCCUGGAGGAGUUCCGCCGGCGCUGGCAGGAGGAGCUGGCGCAGGCCCAGGCGCUCAGGAAGCGGCGGCGGCCCGAGGCUGCCGAGCGGCGGCCGCGACAGGCCGAAGUGGCCCCAGGGCGCGGCGAGCAGGCCUCGGGGUACCUGGCGCUGGCCCAGGGCCUCCUGGAGGGUGCGGGGCGACCCCCGGCGGCGCGGGCGACCCGGGCCGAGAGGCAGGAUGCGGCGAGCCGUUCCCGCUCCCCUCCGGCUCGGGAGGGCGCCGGGGGCGGGGAGCAGCUGGUGGACCAGCUCAUCCGCGACCUGAAUGAAAUGGAUGAUGUGCCCUUCUUUGAUAUCCAACUGCCUUAUGAACUGGCAAUCAAUAUAUUUCAGUAUCUGGACAGGAAAGAACUAGGAAGGUGCGCACAGGUGAGCAAGACAUGGAAGGUGAUUGCAGAAGACGAAGUGCUCUGGUACAGGCUGUGCCAGCAGGAAGGGCACCUUCCCGAGAGCAGCAUCUCUGAUUAUUCUUGCUGGAAGCUCAUCUUCCAAGAGUGCCGAGCCAAGGAACACAUGUUAAGAACCAACUGGAAGAAUCGCAAAGGCGCGGUGAGUGAACUGGAACACAUCCCUGACGCGGUUUUGUGCGACGUGCACUCCCAUGAUGGCGUUGUCGUUGCUGGAUAUACAUCAGGGGACGUGAGGGUGUGGGACACCCGCACCUGGGACUACACAGCCCCUUUCCUGGAAUCAGAGUAUGAGGAGGACGAGCCUGGAAUGCAGCCAUAUGUCUCCUUUGUGAGGAUAAACAGCUCGCUGGCGGUAGCCGCUUAUGAGGAUGGAUUUCUUAACAUUUGGGAUCUAAGGACUGGGAAGUAUCCUGUCCAUCGUUUUGAACAUGACGCCAGAAUACAGGCACUAGCCCUCAGCCGGGAAGACGCAGUUGUGGCCACAGCUUCUGCUUUUGAUGUUGUGAUGUUACGCCCGAAUGAGGAGGGAUAUUGGCAAAUCACUGCCGAAUUUGAAGUUCAGAAACUGGUUGACUACCUUGAAAUAGUUCCAGAUACUGGAAGGUACCCUGUGGCAGUGGCCACGGCUGGAGAUCUGGUAUACCUGCUAAAAGCCGAAGACUCUGCCAGAACCCUCCAUUAUGUCUACGGCCAGCCCGUCACGUGUCUGGAUGUCUCAGCCAGCCAGGCUGCUUUCGGUGUGAAGAGUCUAGGAUGGGUAUACGAAGGAAACAAGAUCCUGGUGUACAGCCUGGAAGCAGAACGCUGCCUCUCGAAGCUGGGCAACGCGCUUGGUGAUUUCACUUGCGUCAACCUCAGGGACAGCCCUCCCAACCUCAUGGUCAGUGGCAACAUGGACAGGAGGGUGAGGAUCCACGACCUCCGCACUGACAAAAUCGCCCUGUCGCUGUCUGCCCACCAACUGGGAGUCUCUGCAGUGCAGAUGGAUGACUGGAAAAUCGUCAGCGGAGGCGAGGAAGGCCUGGUCUCCGUGUGGGAUUAUAGGAUGAGCCAAAAGCUGUGGGAAGUGCACUCCAGGCACCCCGUUCGUCACCUGGCCUUCACCAGCCACAGCCUCAUCACGGCCAACGUGCCCUACGAGAGGGUGGUGCGCAACACGGACCUGGACAACUUCACUGCUCACAGAAGGCACCGCGGGCUGAUCCACGCCUAUGAGUUCGCCGUGGACCGGCUGGCCUUCCAGAGUGCGCUUCCCGUCUGCCGAGCAUCUGGCGACACGGCGCCGGCCUACAGCUACGACCUUGCGCUCGCCUUUCCCUAGGACUGUGGUUGAGGGCGCCCCUCGUGGGGGAGCUGGGAGAAGAAAGCCCCCCUCCCGCCCCAGCCUAGCCCACACCUGUCGGACCCCACAGGUUCCUGAACUGCCUGUGGGCAGGACAAUGGCGUUGUUUUCUCUCUCGGGCUCUGAGUGCCACACACUGUCCCUCCUUCCUCCUGCAUCUGCUGCCCUGGUGAUGGGGUGGGUCUCCCCCCGCCAUCUGUACACUACCCUGCAGGGCCCUGCUCGCCACCUUUCCAGUCUUCAAGCCCUUUGCUCUCAGGGGAAUGGGGCUCUGAGAUCACAUAUGCACUCUGGGUUGUCCAUUACCCCCCCCCCCCCCCCCCCCCCGUGCAAACCUAGGCUAGCAGGACUCUCUUCUCAGUUUUUACCACAGUUUAUAAUUAUUUAUACACUUACUGCAUUAAGGACUGUUUACUUUGUAUCACAUGUUGUGGACACCACAGAUUAUUUUCUACCAAUCGGCUGCAAAAACACCCUCCACCUAGGAUGGACAAGCUGGAUCCUAAACCACUGGGCGAAAGCAGGGCAGUACUGGGGAACUCUUCCAAAAGAUUAAGAGGGCAAACCAUUGCAUUACUCUUGACUUAGACUGUUCUGAGCAGUGGCCACUAAUAUCCCUUCAAAAUAUGAAAGCAAAAAUUGAUAGAACUACAAAGAGAAAGUCCAUGUUCCUAGUGCGUGAUCAACAGAUACAAU